AUGGCUCCUAAUCAGACUCGCUUUUUACCUUUAACUAAGAUAGAAAUCCAACGCUUUAUUUUUAAUAUUCAAGUGGUCAACAAAAAUCACCAUCUCCUGAACAACCUCACACUUGGCUACAACAUCCAUGACAACUAUUUGGACACACUUGGCACUUCAGAUGCCUUGCUGGACAUGCUCUCUAUUGGAGAAGCCAACGUUCCCAACUACAGCUGUGGAAGGCAGGACAACCUUUUGGCUCUUCUGGAUGGAGCUUCCAAGGACAUCUCCAUCCAGAUUUCAACAUUAGUAGGCACCUACAAAGUCCCACAGAUCAGUGAUAAAAUUGUUUCAGUGGCUCUGAGUGAUAAAAGCCAAUUCCCCUUUUUUCACCAGAUGUUCCCCAAAGAAGGGAUCCAGUAUCCAGGAAUUGUGCAAAAUGGAAUUUGCGUUGUUAUAUCACAAUGCUUCCCAAUGACUGGAUAUACAACAAUCUUCAAGGAUGCCCUUUCUAAGUGGAAACAAGUCAACAUCUUUGUUCAUUUUAUAGAAUAUGAUUUCCUUUUGGUCCGAAUUCUUCCUUUCCAUUUGACACUUAUGAAUUUGCCAGGACCCAUAGAAGGCAAAAUCUGGAUCACCACAAGUUUGGGAAUUCAUAUUAAAGAAAAGCACAAACUUCUCAAAUACAUCCAUAGCCUUUGGAAUUUCGUUUACUUGAAAAAAGAAAGACCAGAUGAUGAUGCCUUUGAACCCUAUUUCUAUCUAGAUUCCGAGUUUGAAGAUCAGUCUUUUCACUGUUCUUUUUCAAAGCACAUCUCUUCUGUCAAAGGACGGAAGAAAUGCACCCAGAAAGUGACACUGGAGAGCCAAGAGAAAAAGAACAGCACCCAGAUCACAAAUUCAGAACAUUAUUAUAGUUUCGUUAAGACUCUGGUCCAUGCCUUGAAUGCUGCAUAUUUAUCCAGAUCCAGGAAGAGAAGGGAAGAGGCCAAAGAGAGACUGGGGUCUAUAAGGCUGCAGCCAUGGCAGUUUCAUCCAUUCCUGGAAAAGAACGAGUUUUGCAAUAUUUCAUGGCAGAAACUGUACUUGGACCAAAAUGGAGAUGUAGCAGCAGAUCUGGCAAUUGUGGGCUUCCUGAUUUUUCUCGAGAAGGAUUGCUUCCUGGAACAUCUGGGGAAUUUUGAAAGACAAAGACUUAUUAUUAACCAAGAUGCUCUGUCACAAUUAAAUUUGCUCAAUAAGUCUCUGCCUCAGUCCAAAUGUGUGGAAAAAUGUCAUCCUGGGUUUGUCAAACGGGCUCAAGAAGGAAAGCCAGUUUGCUGCUACGACUGCAUUCCUUGUCCAGAGGGAACCAUCUCCACUCAGGAAGAUACAGAAAAAUGUACCAAGUGUCCAACUGAUAAAUAUCCAAACGAGGACCGAGUUCAAUGUAUCCCAAAAGUUAUAACUUUCCUGUCUUAUAAAGAACAUCUGGGUAUUAUCCUAGUCUCCUUUGCCCUACUCUUGUUCCUAACAACAGGUUUUAUUUUGGCCAUAUUUCUUAAAUAUCGAGAAACUCCUGUUGUGAAAGCCAACAACCGAGAUCUCUCUUACAUCUUCCUGGUUUCCCUCCUGCUUUGCUUCUUGUCUUCUUUUCUCUUCAUUGGUCAGCCAAGGAAAGCCACCUGUCUUCUCCGACAAACAGUGUUCAGCAUUGUCUUCUCAGUUGCUAUUUCUUCUCUUUUGGCCAAAACAAUCACUGUAGUGCUGGCUUUUCUGGCAACAAAGCCAGGAAACCAAAUGAAGAGAUGGUUGGGUAAGAGCUUGGCCAACUCCAUCAUCCUUUCUGGUUCUGCUGUUGAAACUAUCAUCUGCUCCAUGUGGCUGGGAAUUUCUCCCCCAUUCCCUGACUCUGACCUUUACUCCCAACAUGGAGAGAUCAUCCUGCAAUGCAACGAAGGCUAUGUUGUCAUGUUCUACAUCACCCUCAGCUACCUGGGCUUCCUGGCUGCCAUCUGCUUCACAGUGGCUUUCCUGGCCAGGAAUUUGCCUGGGACCUUCAAUGAAGCCAAGCUGAUCACCUUCAGCAUGCUGGUCUUCUGCAGUGUCUGGGUGACUUUUGUGCCCACCUACCUGAGUACCAAAGGGAAAUACAUGGUGGCUGUGCAGGUCUUCUCCAUCUUGGCCUCCAAUGCUGGGCUGCUGGGCUGCAUCUUCUUCCCCAAGUGCUACAUUAUCAUUCUGAGGCCAGACCUGAAUACAAAGGUGCACCUUACAACCAAAGUAAGGUAG